AAGACCAUCAACCUCAAUCUGUGCGAACAGGUGGACGCUGGUCUGUCAUUCACGAAGAAGGAGCUGGAGAGCAGCUUCGUCUUUGACCUGAGAACAGAGAAGAGGGUCUGGUACCUGGUGGCUGAGUCUGAGGAGGACAUGAACCGCUGGGUGACGUCCAUCUGCCUGCUCUGUGGCUUCAACCCCACAGACGACGUUCUAGAAAGAUCGUCAAACUCCACCACCUCCAUGGCCACCGCCAGCUCCACCCCCUCUGUCUUCAUGAUGGCAGGGUCUGUCCCGACCCCCUAUGACCCCGUGAGGGUGCAACACCCAGAGCCCUACAGCAGCGCAGGAGAAGGUUACCUGUGGCUCUCCAACUGUCAGAGUCACAUCAGGUAAGCAGACAC